CGCCAAUCUCCGUGUGAAUCAUCAACAGGAAAAACCACCACAGCUCAGCAGCUCCGAGAGUCAGAAAUUAAGGCUCUAAGCUAGCACUAAAUUCUAAAAUGUUCAACAAUUUGUUCGGCAAAAAGCCCACCGUAAAGGAGCAGCAGCGCGAGAAUGAUCGCUCGCUGCGCAAGGCCACCCGCGACAUUGAACGCGAACGGAGGAAGCUAGAGGAUGAGGAACGCAAGCUGGAGGCUGAAAUCCGACGCAAUGCCGCCGCCGGGAACAACGACGCCUGUCGCAUCCUGGCCAAGCAGCUGGUGGAGAUCCGAAAGCAGAAGUCUCGCACAUACGCAGCCUCCGGAAAGAUCCAGUCCAUCGGCUACCAAAACAAGAACAUGGGCGCCAACAUCGCACUGAGCGAGGCCAUGGGCAGCACGGCCAAGACGAUGGCUGACAUGAAUAAGGUUAUGCGGCCGGAGGCAAUCGGUGAGACAGUGCGACAGUUCCAGGCGGCGAACAUGAAGAUGGAGAUGACCGAUGAGAUGAUCAACGACACUCUGGACGACAUGCUUAACGAGUCGGGAGAUGAGGAGGAGUCCAACGCCGUGGUUAACAAGGUGCUGGAUGAGAUUGGCAUUGAGAUAUCCGGCAAAAUGUCCAGCAUCCCGGCCACAGGCACCGCAGACUUCGAGACGAGCAGCAAGCGCACCGAAAAGGACAUCGCCGACCAGCUGGCCAAGCUGCGCUCCUCCUAGUCGUUAGUCCCACUGAAUUGUCAUUGUAUUUUUUGAUCACUGUGAACACUGCUGUUAUCCAUAGCCCGUAAGGAAAUAUAUUUAUGUACAUCGCUUA